UGCAAUAGAGCAAGAAGGGGAUUACUUAAGAUUUUCCUCCGAUGUGAACAUGAAUCACACAAUUGGAUGGUUGGUGUUUCUGACACUGAUAAAAGGUUUUCUUUGUACUGAACGAAUCCCCAUCGAGGUAGAUAAAACUGAACAGAAUAAAACAGCGAAAGAGGGGUCCUGUGUUGAAAUUAAAUGCAAAGUCACAAGAUUUGUUGACAUUUACAAUGCCCUCUGGUAUUGGAUUAAAAAUGCAACAUGGAAUGGAACAGAUUUUUAUGGCAUUAAUGUUUACAGCAAUGAUGCAUCAAGGAUCUCUGAAGACUUUAAAGGCAGAGUUCACUUAAUCGCCUCUGAACAUGCAGCCCAGAAUUCUGGCAAUUCACUUUCACGUUUGGAACAAUUCAACAUUCGGAUUUGUGACCUGAGGAAAAAUGACACCGGGAAUUAUAUGUUCCGAUAUGUGAAAGAUAAGAAUAAAUGGUCAACUGACAAUUCAAGGAUCAACGUUACAGUUCAGGACAAUCCAUGUCUGAUCACAUUUGAACAACCACCCACCGCUCUGGAAAACAGGACAAUAACGCUCAAAUGCUCCACCCCUUCUUCGUGUUCCUCCAAUCCACAAAUUGCCGACUCAAACCAGCAGCUGUUAAACCAGUCUUUACACCUUACUGAGGCUUCUCCCUCUAAAAGCGUCGUUUCCACUUUUCUGGCAACCUGGAAGGACGACGGGGCCGAGUUUUCAUGUCAGACAGAGGGUAACGAUGAGAAAUAUUUGAUCAGGAAGAUCAAAGUCAGUGUAGAGUAUGCUCCGAGAGACGUCGUGGCGAAGGCGUCCUCUCCCAGUGUGAACGAAGGACAGGAUGUGACUCUCAGCUGCUCUGCCAGAGGGAAGCCUACGCCUGAAUUUACCUGGUUUAAAGAUCAAGAGCAGUUCUCAGGAGCCCAUGGACCAUCUCUUCAAUCACAGAGGCACAAAGUGGAUCGUACCACUGCAGCGCUAAAAAUAAACAUGAAGAAAAACGGAGCACAGUCAACAUUAUACUUUAGGUUAAGAAAUAAGCCAGUUGUUGAGGUCCUGAUCUCACAGGAGCCCAGUGAGCAUCUUGAAAAUGUUAAAGAAGGAGAUAAAGUCACAUUCUUAUGUAAUGUGAAGAAAAGCUCCCCACAACCAGACGCCUUUGCUUGGUAUAAAGAUGAAACUCGCCAACCCAAUUCAUACCCAUGGAAUCAAAAAAGAGUUGAUAUAUUGAACGUCCAGCCCCAGGACAGUGGUCAGUAUGAAUGCGAAGCCACGAACUCUGUGGGCGGUGGGAAAUCAGCACCUCGUCAUUUUCAGGUUAACUACAAGCCAAGAAACACUCGGAUUUCCUCAGAGAACUUGAACGAUAACAGCGUGAGCGUUAACGGCUCUCUCACACUGACCUGCAACACUGAGGCCUUUCCACAGCCGUGGUUCACCUGGUACCGCUACCGACAGACCGACGGCUUGAACCUGAAGCACAUGAGCAGCAAACAGAGCCUAACACUGAAGAAGGUGCAGAGAGCGGACGAGGCCUGUUACAGAUGUAACACAUCAAACAGCAUCGAUACCGGGAACGUCAGUGAGCCGCUGUGCAUACGUGUACGGUUUCCUCCCACCAGCAUGGUGCUGUCGAUGGAGCCUGAGGUGACAGAGGGCCAGCCUGUAACGAUCACCUGCUCUGUGGAGAGUUUCCCGCCGUCACGUUUUACCUUGACUAGAUCAAACAACAAAUCAACUUUUAAAGAAUUUCCAGCUGAUGGAAAAAAUGCUGUCCGCCACACUUUCGCUGCAACCUCGACAGAUGCAAACAGUUACACCUGCAAUGCAUGGAACAGUGAGGGAGGUGCACAGAGCGCCCCGAGGACACUAGUGGUGACAUAUGCCCCUAAAGAAGUGACGGUAGAAGCUGUGCCCGGUCUCGUGGUGAAAGAAAACAAGAAAUUCAGGUUGGACUGCAGGGCCAAGUCCCACCCACCAGUGCGCUCCAUGACCUGGGUGAAGAGGCCUCAUGGGGGGGGUGAACCCGUCAGGUGGAGUGGCUCAGUGAUCUUUGUGAAGUCAGCCGGACCUUCUGACGCCGGAUUCUACAGCUGUGAAGCCGCAAAUCAAAUAGGAACUCGACACUCAGAGCCAGUGGAGAUGAGAGUCCUGUAUGGUCCAAAACACACAAAAAUCAUUGAAGGGGAAAGACGGCAGCUGCCUGACGGGACGAGCAUUGUGCUGCUGAGCUGCUUCGCUCGCUGCGAUCCUCUCGCCAGACAAUAUUCAUGGUACAGGAAGACAGACGAUGAGGGCAGGGAUAUCAUGGUCUCUGAUCAGCAGAAUAUCUCUGUAAGCUCCCGUGAACCGGGGGAAUACUACUGCGUCGCUAAGAAUGAGAUGGGUCAAAGAGCCUCGGAUCCACUCCCACUGUUUAACAGCCGAGUUAUGAAGAUUUUGAAGUUUUUCACCACUUUCUGUGUUCUUUUGUUCAUUUUAUCCCUGGUUUUCCUUUUGUACAGACACAGGAAGAACAAAUUGAUUCAACAAAGACCCACCAACACACGGUCCUGCUGCAGUUUUCAGAUGAAGAGCUCCAGGAGCAGGAAUCGAAUGAAUGAAGCUGCUUUGACUGGGCCUUCCAGGAGCAGAGACGACCUCCUUCCACAUCAGUCUCGUCCAGACAGCGUGCCAGCAUCCAACAUCAGCUGUGUUUACUCCAUGGUGAAUCUGCCGGCUCCCUCUGCACAAAGACCCGCGACGCAGUGCGAUGCACAAACAGAGGAAAACGCUCUCAAUUAUGCUUCUUUGCACUUUGAGAAGAAGCACAGGGAGCCAAAAGAAGAUGUUGUGUAUGCUAGAGUGUCCAAACGAAAAGUGGCAGACUAUGAAAAUGCAGCAUUUGCAGACAAGACUUCACAGCCAUCCGACUACGAUACAGACACCAGUGAGGAUGAAGUUCAGGUCACCUACUCUAUGGUGAACUUUAAGCCCAAGGCCCAACAUCAGAGACGAAGAGGAGACUCCAGCUCCUCUGAAGAAAACACCCAAUACUCUGAGCUCAAUCUCUGAAUUCAGAUUUCAUAUCCUCUAAUUAAAUACUGUACAUUUAGCCUCUGAAACUAUUUUCCUAAGCAUUCUGCUUCAAGCAUCACAAAGACGGAUAAAGAAUGAGAUGUGCUUUUUUCCCAGCUAACUCAUAGGAUUCAAAACAUAAAGCAGGACAGCUUCCACAAUUGGGAAUGCUGCACAAACAAAAUGCACGUUUGUAAUGCUGCAGAGCCGCGUCGCCUCCGCUGAGCUUCCCAGUGUGUGCAUGUUGAAACAAUGUGCUCCUCUGUGUGCGAGGGCCGGUGGAAAAGUUCAGAGACCGUCCCUGUCUUGCACAAAUGGUGCAUGACACUGUCAUGUGUGCAGCAGGAGCGGACAGAAACAUUACGUCACGCACGCAACAAAUGGAGCUGUGUUACGCAACGCUUUCUCAUGCUCCUUAUGCAUGUGCACACUUUUCAAAGCUCUUCCAUUUCACAGCAGCUCUUGUUUGACCAUCGUAUUUGCAAGUGCAUUUGCACUGUUUUUUUUCUAAUAAGCUCAAACUUAUUUAUGUUUUACAAAAACACAAAGACAGUAAAAAAAAACAAAAAAAAACAUUGAAUACUCAAACUCUGUAUUCACUUAUUUAAUUCUGCACAAAUGGUUCAAAUGAAGACAGGAGAAAAUGUAAGUUAACAGUGAAAUAAUAAACAAGCAUCUGCUUGAAAAACUUUGUUCGCACUGAAGCACAUACAGGGCAAACUGAAAAAAAAUGGCCUUUAUAGGGAGGAAAAUGCAACAUUAGUUCUGAUAUCUGAAUCAAUUCACUAUAUAAUGUUUGAAUUAUGUUUUUUUGGGGAACAUUUUUUCAAGUAUUAACAGAUAGAAUCUAAAGAGACAACUCCAAAACUGAAAGUCACACAUGUGGAGUCGCUUACUCUUGAAAAAACUGUUACCUAAAACACAAAUCUAAACUCCAUUACUGCAUAUUAAAAACAUCUCACUGGGCCUCUGCUCGUCGCUCGUAGCUGGAAGACUGUGGAACUCAGUUCCUAACUGGCCUCAGCUUCAGCAGCCACACUUUCACUGCCCUGCUCUGCAGCAGCACCACCGGCAUCUUCUUCUUGUCCCACAUGAGAGUCUUCCACAGUUUCCUCUUGGUGCACGUUACCAUUCGGCAUGUCGGGUGUCACGGGGGCCUGGCCGUUGACCUCACCCUCCGCGGGGUCACUCACUAAGCUCUCAUGCAGUGGAAUAAAGUCUCCAUUAGCGUGGUGGAGAGCUUCCUCCUUAUGCACCCCGUUCUCCACCACAAUGGCUUUAUCGGUAUAAACCAGUGAAGAGCUGAUCUGCACAGAUAAAGUUGGUCCGAUCAGAAUCACUUCAGCAACAACUACCCCAACUGAAUUUUGCUAGUGGACUAGAAAAAAAGAUAUUUAGGUUUUUUUCUGUAUUUGUAACCAAUACCACAUACUUAGACUCAAACUCACCUCGUUGGCAGCUACUACUCCUGAAGGGUCCGCCACUCCUUUGUCAGGUGAGAAGCUGCCUCUCUUUUUCCUGAAACCAAACCGAAGUUCAGUUGUUUAUAAUAGUUUCAUCAGUAAAAAACCCAUUUUUCACCAGUUAAAAUGUUCACAUUCUCAUCUGCUAGACAUUGUAUGUGACGUUGUAGUUUGAUGUAAUGUUGUGUAAAUUUACAUCUUAGUGGGAAUUAGAAGCUCAAAUAUCUGACAGUAAGCAUGACCUUUGUAAAAUAAUGUGAUAAACUUUUCCAAUCCCGGUUGCUGUGGAACCUUUUCUGGCCAAAAAUCAAACCGGUUGUUUUAAACUUCUCUGAAACCUCUUGUCAUUGCCGUGUGUUUAAUAUGGAAGAUUACUGUCACCUUGCAUAUUUAGUGUGUUCAUUAAUGUAUUCGCUGAACGGUUUAUGAAUGUGAGAAGGAGUUUGCUGAGGAAGAAUUCUGUUUUGAAUAAAAGCAUCAGUUAUG